AUGGGACUCGAACCUGCGUUUCACGGGGACAGAGGCUCAGUUCGGACGCUGGGACAGGCCGCCCGCAGACCGCGCCCGCCACGCGCGGGCCACGCCGCCCCCCGCGGGACCCGCCCCCCAGCUCGGGGACCUGGGAGCUGCCCCUGCCGGAGGCAGAUGCCGGCCCGGGAGCAUUCCCGGGCCCGCGGCGCCCGGGGGAUCUCGCAGACCCGCCCGCCUGGCCCUGGGCCCCCGGGAACAGUGCCUCCAGACCACAAAACCAGCGCCCCCCGCCCGCGACACCAGCCCCAGCCCGCAUUCCACAAGGCCAGGCCCAGGAAGAUUGUAUUUGAGGAUGAACUAAAUCCCCAGGCCCUCCUGGUCACCAAGAAGCCUACUAGAGCCAUCCGUGCGGAGCAAAUGCCUAGGCCCCAUCCUUCUCCCGACUAUGAGCUCAAGUACCCACCGGUCAGCAGUGAGAGGGAACGCAGCCGCUAUGUCGCAGUGUUCCAGGACCAGUAUGGAGAGUUCCUGGAGCUCCGGCAAGAGGUGGGGUCCACACAGGCAAAGCUCCAGCAGCUGGAGGCCCUGAUGAGCUCGCUGCCCCCACCCCAAAGCCAGAAGGAGGCCCAAGUUGCAGCUCGCAUCCGGAGGGAGUUUGAGAAAAAGUGGAGGGACCCUAGCUUCCUGGACAAGCAGUUGCGCUGUCACUAUCUGAAGGCCAAACUGAGGCACCUCAAGACCCAGAUCCAGAAAUUCGAUGACCAAGAGGACAGUGAGGGCUCUGUGUACUUCUGAGUGUCCUGGAGACUGGCAGCAAGACCAGGGUAGGGAUCCCUUGGUUCUCUGCCCGCCUGCCAGCCUUUGGACUUGCCUUUCUCCCCUGGCCUGGUGAGCCUUGGCUGAUUGCAGGCUCUGUGGUCAGCUUUAAUGGCCCCUCUCCCAGGACCUCCCCUGGGAAUGCCAACCCUGACCUUAUGAGGACUGAGACCUCAGGCCCUUCGGUGGAAGCAGUGCUGCUCUCAUCCCACCAUCCUCCCAGGGGAAUAAAGGGGGAUCAAAGAC